AUGACUCCUCACGCUGCUCACGCCGACAGACCACAUCUAAAGCCUCGCACAUACUUACACGGGUGUGUCCCCUCGAUUACCUGACAUCCAUCGCCGCCGUCGCCCAAAGGCGUUUGCUACCCAUGCUCAACUCACUUUUUGGCAUAGCACUUGCCUAUACCAACCCUGCCCGCCUUGGACGAGCUGCAACCGGCACCUUUAAAGCCUCGACCAACUCUUGA